CUAUUGCAGAUGUUCACUCGCAGGGGCGCGGGGACGCAUCUCUCCCAAGUCCUGCUUGCUUCGCUCCCUCUAGUCCAGCCGAGCCAAAGCACCUCGGACCAAUCCCAGGCGAUUAUGCAAGACGGCGGACCAAUCAGAUCCGCCAGCUCAUGAAUAUUCAUGACCUUGGCUGAGUCAAAGCUUUGAGGCGAGUUUGGGGAGCUCGGCAGCAUCAUGCUUAGACUUUUCAAAGAGACAAACUCCAUUUUCUUAUGAAUGGAAAGUGAAAAUCCCUGUUCCGCUUAAAUUGGGUUCCUUCCUGUCCUGAGAAACACAGAGACCCCAAAAAGGAAAGCAGAGGAGAGAGACCCACACCCAGACCCAGCGAGAAGAAAUGACCAUGACUACUAUGCCAGAAAGCCUCAACAGCCCCGUGUCGGGCAAGGCUGUCUUUAUGGAGUUUGGGCCGCCCAGCCAGCAAAUGUCUCCUUCUCCCAUGUCCCAUGGACACUAUUCCAUGCACUGUUUACAUUCUGCUGGCCAUUCGCAACCCGACAGCUCCUACAGCACGGCGUCAUCCUUCUCCAGACCGCUGGGCUACCCCUAUGUCAACUCCGUCAGCAGCCACUCGUCUAAUCCCUACAUCAGUUCAGUGCAAUCCUAUCCCAACAGCUCCAGCCUGACUCAAACCCGGUUAGAGGAGACAGGAGCAGACUCGGAGAAAAGCACCGUGGUAGAAGGAGGGGAAGUUCGUUUCAAUGGGAAGGGGAAAAAAAUUCGCAAACCCAGGACUAUUUAUUCCAGUUUGCAGUUGCAGGCUUUGAACAGGAGGUUCCAGCAAACUCAGUACCUAGCUCUGCCGGAAAGAGCGGAGCUCGCAGCCUCACUGGGACUCACGCAGACACAGGUUAAAAUCUGGUUCCAGAACAAGCGUUCCAAAUUCAAGAAACUGAUGAAGCAGGGAGGGGCAGCCCUUGAGAGCAGCGCCCUGGCGAACGGCAGGGCUCUGUCCGCCAGCUCUCCUCCAGUCCCCCCGGGCUGGAACACCAGUAGCUCUUCCAGUAAGAGCUCCACUGGCAACGCGGGCACCUACAUUCCGAGCUACACGUCGUGGUAUCCUUCAGCCCAUCAAGAAGCUAUGCAGCAACCUCAGCUCAUGUGAUUUACAAAAACAAACCAACCCAGCUUCCUUUCUGCAACCUCUCCCCACCCAGUACCCGGGUCCCCAUUUGUCUCCCCAGCCCAGCCCCGUCCAGCCCACCCCCGGUUGACACGCACUAUGGGUCCAGAGGAGAAGAAGGGGAGAGCCAAGGAAGGGAAAACAUAAAUAAAGGAUGCAAACCACCACUACCACCAACCACCAUUACUAAGCACCAGUCUCCAGGCAGACCACAGAGUGCUCUGGACCUCUUCAGAUCGGAGAGAGCCUUCGGUUGGAUGGCGCUCCAAAUUCUGGCAUGCCGCAAACGAGCGCAGUUGUGAUGCGGGGUUGUUUCCCAAGUGCUGACAGCUGAGAAAGCUGCCUCUGAGCUCUGUUAGAUCACCCGGAGGACAGCCUAGGAGCAGGGAGACAAUUCGACCCUCAGCUUUGUGGGGCGAUCAGAAAACAAAACAAAAUAAUGUUUGUAGAAACACGCUCUUUUCUGUCC